AUGAAACCGAAAACAAAGCUUAAUUUCUCCGUAGUGCCUGGUCCUCCAGAUUGGCACAAGAAAUGGGAACAAUGCGGAUAUAGUCAACAAUCCCCAAUCAACAUUGACAAGAGCGAGGCCGAACACACAGAUUUCCCAACUCUGAAAAUAAUAUUUGACAACCCAGGAGGCCUGGUUACUGGAACACUAAAGAACAAUGGUCAUAAUCCGACUCUGGAAAUUGAUGAGGACAAAGGAACAGGAACACUUGAGGGAGGUGCCGUGGAUGGUACUUACACUCUGGAACAGUUUCAUGUUCACUUUGGCUGUGAAAACAAUCGAGGAUCUGAGCACACGGAAAGUGGAAAACGUUAUUCUGGGCAGGUAAUGGGUUUCUUUGUCAAAAGCAGACCUAUCUUGAAGUGUUCCCAAUCAUGGCGCUGUCCUUUUAUUUUCCCUAGUUAUUUUUAGAAUGUCUAACGCAAUUAACAUUCGGUCAAGCCGCAUAAACCCUAGGUUUAAGUGUUACAAAUCUAGGACGUAAUUAUAAUUCAGCCAAAAAGGCCAGAAGAGGUUGUGGAUGGCAAAGAUUGCAAUGCGUUGGAAGAACGAAGUUAAGCGCAAUGUUUUGCUAAUAUCAAGCUGAAACUUUUAAGUUGAACGUGAGGGUUGAAGUGAUACAUGAGGCCGUAACUAAGACAGCCUUUUUCUUCUUCUUCUUCUUUUUCCAGCUCCAUUUGGUAUUUAAGGAUGCUGCUGGGGAGACUAGCGUUGUUGCACUGUGGCUUAAGGUAUAUUGUCCUCUAUGUACGCAUACUCCAAUCAAUUGGCAGCCACUGUUUGGGAGGUCUUUGUAAAACGGCAGAAAUAGAAUCUGAAAGUGAAAAAAAACUCUAAAUAUGUUCGCUUGAGCUGUACCAGCACUCCAAAUUAGAACCCUUUCCCAGAUAAUUUUAAAAAAAGAUAAGAUGACUCAUUUAACGUCAAAUACAUGAGACCUACAUGAUGUGUAAACUACACCUAUAAGUAAAAUUGAUUGUUCAAGUUUUGAAGGUAAUUAUGACAUAAAGUAAGAGUAUGGUUCAUACAGAAUGUGUAAAAUGUGUUUUAUUUGAAUUCUUUCUUGAAGAAGCAAAAUAAAGUGGGUGGGUUAUAUGUGAGUGUACAGUUUUAAAAGUUACUCGAAGAAGCAGCAGCUGACUAACGCUCUUGUCGUUUUAUCUAGGCCUCUAGUAAAGGUAACAAGAUAUUGGGAAGGUUUGCCAAAUUGCUACCAAAAAUAAUUGAAGUUGGUAAGUAACAUUUCUAUAUAUUCACUUCAUUCCGAUAAGCUGCAAUUUCAAUUUCUCAUCAUAGCUGGACGCUCUGAAACGCACGUCUUUCGUACAUUCAUAUGCUAUCGAUCAACUCAUCAUAUUACCUUUAUCUAGUUAGCAUUAUACUUUCAAAAAUUCGAUUGACUAACAGCUCUUCAUUUAAAUCUCAUUAUGGCCAUGACUUCCUCACAUCUUGCCUUCAUCUCAGACAUGAACAUCGACUAUUUUCCUUUUCAGGACUAACUUCCUCUCACUUUCACUCCAUAUCAGCCCUUGAAUUCAACAGUUGUAAUCUUUCUUACGAAUUUUUUUUGCAUGUCGACUCGUCGAAUCCAUCGCUUUUUGCUUCAUUUUCUUUUCUGGCUCAGUAUCAUCCUGUUUGAGUUUGAACAUUCUGCAGAACACCUUAGAGGAAGAACUUGUUUUCUCACCUGCGAGCGAACCCUGAUAGCCCUAGAAAACAUAGAAAAGAAAAGGAUAUGGAUUUUUUUUUUCAGGUAACGAGACGGCAGUAGAUGAGUCGCACAAAAUUCGUCUUAUGGAGCUUAUACCUAACAAAAAUUAUCAACAUGGAGACAACGGCAACGGCAACGGCAACGGCAACGGCAACGGCAACGGCAACGGCAACGGUAACGGUAACGGAAACGGAAACGGAAAUGGCAACGGAAAUGGUUACGGAAACGGCAAUGGCAACGGCAAUGGCAAUGGCAACGGCAAUGGCAAUGGCAAUGGCAAUGGCAAUGGCAACGGCAACGGCAACGGCAACGGAAACGGAAACAGAAACGACAACGGAAACGGUAAUGGCAACGGAAACGGAAACGGUUUGCAUAAGUAUCCAAAGGAUGAUAAGGUCCUAAUACUGUCAGACUAUUAUCACUACAAAGGUUCUCUCACCACUCCUCCCUGCUGUGAAACUGUGAUGUGGUAUGUCUUGAAACCCAAAGUUCCUAUAUCAAACUAUCAGGUAAUCAUAAAAUAAAAAUGCACGCUAGCGCAUUUUAAAGCUCGGUUCAGACCGCACAAACUUUUCCAUUCUUACUAAGUGAAGGCAAAUUUGAGCGGAAACAGCAUUACAAGCUACUAUAAGUGAACGCAAAGAAAUGAUAACUAUAAGUUAUUUAGAGACGCCUAAAACUUUGCGUAUAUUUGAAGUGAUUGUUCCUCCCUCGGUUAUUUGCAAAUUUUCAUACAUCUUAUAUUUUGAUAAGCUGAUACUUCGCACUCAGUUGGAUUUUAAGACGUUAUUUUGCAUAGAAAGUGUUUUUUUCCCCCAAAUCCUUGUUAUAAAAAUUCAGUCACACGAAGAGAACACCCAAAAUCUUUUUAAAAACUUCCAUAUCAUAUCACCGGUGAGUGGAACACCUGGGCAUUAUUUCCAUAUCUUGAGGACUUGGUUUACUUACGUGGUAAAAACGACAAAAAAAGAGAUAUCGUUUUUUUGUAAACCCAGAUUAAGCGGUUGUUAUACGAAUAUAUUGUUUUUAAUUCAUAGCUCAAACAGUUCAGGAAGUUGAUGGGUGAUCACCCAAGAGAGCCUCCGAAAAUGUGUGACAACUACAGACCAUUACAGCCGCUGAACGACCGCAAGGUUUGGUCCGUCAAAAACAAGAAAGACUGA